AUGGCAAAAAAGUUGAUGGAAGAAGAUAAAAUGGGUAAGAAUCAUGGUAAAUACGAUAUGGAUCGUGUAGGAUUGUUUGCAGAAAUGCCAUACAUGAUUAAUGAGAAGUAUAAACCAAUCGAUAUUAGUAAGUGAUAACUUUGAUAUUUUCAUUUAGAUUUCAAAAUCAAUGUAAAUAUUAUUUGUAUAUUACUCAUAGCCAAAGGUACAAGAGAUUUAAAAAAUUCACAAAUGUACCCAAGUAUCCUAAAAACUAAAACGGGCCUACAAGACGCUUAUUUUGAUCCGAAGUAUAAAAGAUUGUUUGAAAAUGAAAAGUCGAAGAAAUCGUGAGUACAAUAAUUUUAUUUUAUAAUAUUGAUUUAGGUGUGUUACUGUAUUUUUUUGUUAUUAUAUUAAUAAUAAAACCCAAGUCCGUUAUCGAGGAGUAAUUUUUUCUAAAAACCGUUUUUUAAUAAACGAAAUAAACUUCUUAUACUUACAGUAAAUCCAUGAAAGUACUCGAUAUUAUAAAAAGGACUUGUCCUGAUUUCAAAGACCCAAAUAUUCUCUUGUCACACUUUAUAGUUCAUUAGUGAAAUCGGUUCUAGAAUUUAGGUCUUUGGUGUGGAACCCUUCUCAGUACGGUCAAGUUGAAAAACUUCAUUGAUGAUUUAUUCGCAUGUAAGGGUACCCCAAAUGGAGUUUAUAAAUACAUCAACCUCUGAUAUUACUAAACAUAUUAGCUCGGUCACUUAAGCUAAAUGACGUAAUAGUUUUUGUAUAAUAUCAAUUAUUAAUUGGCAACAUAAAUUAUUAUGAAUGUUUAUCUUUAAUUGGGUUUUAUGGUCCUGUAUUUAACUCUUUAAAUACCUAUUAUAAAUACAUAAUUAUAAUUUGAAUGUAUAAUAUAUUACAAUAAAUAUGUUUUUAUGCCGGUUCAACUUCUAAAAAUUAUGUUCACAAAAGCCCAAUAUGUCGUUUGUCUAGUCUUGUAAGAUUUAUUUCAUUGUUUAUUUUAUUUCAUGAUUGUUUCUAUUUAUAUUUAUUUUAAUCUAUCAAUGGCUAUUGAAAAACCUGUAAAACUAAAAAAGUUUGAAUUGAAAUAUCUUAAGAAUAUUAUGGAAUGAAAAAUUAAAAUUCAUAUUAAUUCUAUGGCUACGUGUCUUACUCUGUCUGGUUUUUUAAUAACUAAUAUCCAGUGCCGGCCCUAGGGGUGGGGGGGGCGGUGCUACCACACCUGGCACGGCAAAUUAUGUAUUCCAAAUUUCCGAAUAACACUAUCUAUAAACAGUCAUAAAAAUGUUGCCCCCAAUAAUAAGCAAAUUGCGACCCGUAUUUUAUCGACGAAAAUCAAGAUGGUACAAAGAUUAUAUACAUAGUUAAACACAUUGUUAUUAACUUGAAAACUCUCAAACAUAUUUUAUCAUUAUCAAUAUCCAACAUACUAUUGCCGAUUCUGUAUGAUACAAUGAUACAGUUGACUUGUUUGUAUCAAAAAAAGCACGAAAACAAAUAUAUGCUUAAGUAAUAUUAUAUAUUAUCAAUUGUAUUACAAUAAUCUAUGUUUAUUUUUUAAGUAAAAUGUACUUAUUAUGUCAAAUUUAUGUCAUCGUGUUCAAUAAAAUAAAAAUAUGAAUUAAUAAAAUAUUGUUUUUAUCUAAGUAAGUACCUACUUAUUUUGUGGUCUAAUAUAAAAAGACAAAUUUUAUUUUAUUAGUUUAUAUAUAAGUACAAAUUGAGAUUUCUAACAAGACUUAAAGUUUAUAUAAUUGGUUGAAAAAAGGACGGAUAUACUUCGCACAUUGGUGCAGCUACUGUUGUAGAUGGGAAGUUGGGAAGGUAGGGCUAAGGGUUCAGUCGGGAAUUUAAUGUAUAUCAGCUGUAAGGAACGAUAAACCAUUGCUAAUGAAUAAACGAUUCUGAGCGGAGUUAAAUUGAUAGUGUUGCUUUGUCAACAGUAUAUAUGUCAUAUUAUGGUAUUACAAAAAUGUGCGUUUUCAAACAACAGCAAUUGUUUAAAAAAAAUUAAAAUAUAAAAAAUUUAAUAUUAGUAACAAAAAAUAAAUAAAAACGGUUGUCUAACAACCUUAAUAACAACCUUAUUUUUAAUCUUUCAAUCUUUUCUAACCUAAAGCAUCAGGUUCUCCUCAUUAUCUCGAAAAUUUCAAAAAAUGACCUCUUUAUAGUACCAUCCAGAGAAUAUUUUCUUUAAGAAAAGGUACUAUACUUGAUAAUGGAAGUAAGCUUUUUGGUAAAAAAAAAUGUUCACAAAAAAAAAAAAAUAAAGAAAUAAAAAUCAUUGUAAAACUAAUACAUUAUUCGCUCCACACAGAAUCUAAUAAAUUAAGCCGUCAUAAAAUAAAAUAACUAAAUAUAUAUAUGGGACCCCACAAAAUUCUGCACCAAGCACCGAAAUCUAUCAGGCCGGCACUGCUAAUAUCAUUUAGUAAAUCAAUUAAUAUUUAUGAAUACCACAAUAAUCGUAUGAGUUAUCAAAUUACAGAAAUAUACUAUUUACGAAUAAAAUAAAAAUGACCAUAAAAGUGAUACUAGCCAUAAGUGGCCGGUAUUAUAAUAAAAUAAACUUAUUAUUUUGUUAAUUUGUGUGUUAAAAUUUCAAAUGUUUACUAAUAUACAAUUUAGCAAAUUGAAAGUUUCACUAAUGCUAAAACCAGAUAAUAAUCAAUUUCUAAUUCGUUCAACUGUAAAAAAAAUAACUUUUUAUUUUUCGAACUUAUCUGAUUGUUGUACCCAAAUAUAUAUAAUUUUGUCUUUAAAUAAUUAUUUUGCUACUAAAAAGUGAAUUUUUAAAAAUCGUGGAGUUAUCUGGUUGUAGUAUUACCGCUUCAAUUGGUAUAGAUUUUUUUUUCCAUUUGUAUUUAUUCAGUACAUUUAGUUGUAAUUAAUUAUUGUACAUUAUUUUAUAGUCAAAUAAAACUGCCAAUAGAAACAUCAACAAAGCCACCUUUUGUACCGUCAAGCUAUACAAAACGUCAUGCCACUCCUGGCGAUUCCUAUGGUACAUUCGGCCCAGUGUACAAAGGUCUACAAACAUUUUUUUUAUCAUUGUCACACAUAAAAGAAAUGGUUCAGAACACUAACAAUAUAUGUAUUUGUUUUUUUCGUAGCCACGUCCAAUCUUAAAAAACCAACGUCGAAAAAUACAGAGAAAAUACUUGCGAACAUUUUUACUAUCCCGACGAAUACGAGAGGACCCGGAUGGGCAGAUCGGGGUAUGAGUCCUUUCCCGGUAUACAUGUGAGAUAUUAAUCAAUUAAAAUAUUAUGUUAUUAUAGCAUUAUUCUGGUUUCAAAUAAUUCAAAUCAAAAUUUAGAAUAUCCGGUAUUUACCACACAAAAAGUGUACUGUUAUUUUUAUGUCAAAACUGUUGUUUGUUUAUUAUUUGUCUUUAAUAAAAUUCCAUUAUAAUAGAAUGCGAGACAGUAUCCGUUAUAAAUAUGUAAUAAAGACACUUUAUUCAUUCACAAAUCAAAUUAUUUUAUUAUUAAAUGCAAGCAAAUGAUAAAAUUGGUAAAUCAAGUAAAAAUCGCAAUACAAUAUUUACCGUAAGCUCAAUUCAGUAGGUAACAGGGCGUGUACUUCAACAGAAAAACACUUGUUACUUAUAUAAAUGGCAUUGCUAUAUUAUAACGGAAUGAAUGUAAUUAUGAUUUAUAAAACAAUGCGAUUUUGUAAAAUACAACUGUAUUGUUCUUCUGUAGUGUAUUCGUUUUAAAAAAAAAAUGUAGUUUUGGAACGAAAGAUAUUUUGUCUACGUGCUAUACAAAUAAUAUAACGACUAGGACGUACUCUUUUUCGUCACGAAAGAAUACAUUUAGGUUAUAAAAGUUUUCUACCAUAGCUUAAUAGGUAGGAAAUUAAACUAAUAUAUGGCACUCUAAAAAGAUAAUCUAACAAGUUCUCCAGUGGUUAACAGAAAAUUGCGAAAACUUACAAAACGACGGUAGGCAUUUUAUACGAAAUAUAGAUCAAGGACAGUUUAAGUUAUUUUGCGAAUUUGUGAUAAUUAAAAUAAAUUUAAAAUAUCAUAUUAUAUUGUAUUCUAUUAAAAUUUAAAGGAGGCUAAAUAAUAUUAUAUUCUAUUUAUAUUACAACAAUCUCAAACAUUUUGCAGUUAUAAUUAUUUAUUUUGUAAACCUAUUCAAAAUGUUAUUCCAGAAAAAUUAAAUUUUUAUUUUUUAACAUUUUUCAUUUUAUGUGUCUAAAAAGGUUGAACAGGUACAAUAAUUAUUAUUCAUUACGUUCAUAUUCUAGCGAUAUCAAUAUUGAAACUUGCGUGUCACAUUCGAGUGAUCCGAAUUCCAAUAGAUUCGAUUAUGUUUUAAUAAGCUUGGUUACAAGUUACAAUAUUAAUUAGUUCUAUAAUAUUAUAUCGAUUGGAAUAGAUUUAAUUGAUAGUGUCUAUUUAUUUUUGACAAUUUACUGUUUAAUAAGACUAUAAGAAAAAUGUUUGUAAAAAGUUUAUACUGCUCACAGAUAAACCAUUGUUGUUGUGAAUAGUGGAGAAGGUAUGAUAUACAAAAUAAUUUAGUUUAUAUACAGUAUGUAACUAUAAAUCGUUGCAAACGAAAACGAUUCAAAGUGGAAUAGUAUAGGUAUUAGUUAUAUUUUAACACUUAUUACAAAAAAAAAACCAGAAAUCGAAAAAAAUUGACAAAAGGGUCUGCUGUUGAACAUUGCGAUAAAUGUUUCAAAUAAAGUACCACUGAUUCGAAACUUCGCAUCCUUUAAGGUACAACAUUAACGAGUCGGAGCAUUUUUACUAAUCGAAUAAGUGUUUUACUAAAUGAUUCAUUUUUAUGAAUUUAUCAUUGAUCGACAUUAAUAUCAUAAUAUAAAUAAUAACAUUGUUAAAAUUAUUAUUUUAAUAUUUCGUUCAUAUUGUACAGGCCAUCUCUUUACGAAAAACCAACUAAAAUGAAAACCGAUAAAGAUAAUAAGGAAAAAUCUAUACCGUUUAUAAACGUCGCCGGCCCUGGUAAAUUUUUUACAAAAAGUCCAUUUUUCAAUAAAGAUGACGAACCGAUGUACAACUUUACUUAUAAGGACAAAUUUGAGGGAACGCCGUUCUUACCGUCUUCUUCGAAUAAAAACGUAAGACAUAAUACAAAUAUAAUUAUUAACUAUAAUAAUAUGGUGUAUCUUGAAAAAAUUUUAACUCAAACAAUUUUUAAAUUUUAUCAUUUUCGCAAAAAUGCAAUAACUAAUAACAAUAAUAUUUUAUCAUAGUCAGCAUAUCGAUUUCGUCACAUUGUUUUAAACCAAAUAUUUGAAAUGUUUAACUUAACAAUAUGGAAUUCAUAAGUUAGGUAUAUUGCCAAAACAUUAUAAAUUUGGCGGCUUUCGAAUAUAAUAUACAGGAUUCCGCUGCAUACUAAUUGGGUCCCGAUAUCUGAACGGGGAAAAAAUAAUAUAAUAAUUGAGUCCCGCGCAUAAACAAGAUGUAUGCUAAUUUAGUCCGAGGUUGGGAAACCAAAAAUAUACUAAUCAAGUCCGAAAAUUAUUUUGAGUAAAAUAUAAAAUCAACCAUAAUAUACGAAUAUGACGACGACUACGUGAUAUUGUUCAUAUCACCUUAAUUAGGACUUUCGUCAGAUAAUAUGAUCCGAGUUCAUAUGCAGCCAAUAUUGAUUAGAUUGACAUAUUUUUAUGUUAUUAUUAUUAUUACCGGGAAUAAUUUUAGAUUUUAUUUCUACCGUCGUUAGUAUGACUGCUAUCUAAUCGUUAUAUUAAACACUUUAGUUUACGGAGUACACCGAACACUAUGGAUAAAGUUAUGUUAAUUUUACCACUAUAAAUAAUGUUAUUUUGUUGUUUUUUUUAAAAAAGUUUGAUGUGACUCAGGUAGUAUUCAAACAUGAACUCAAUUAGUAUGCACCUAAAAACAACCCGAGAUUCAUAUUCGUCAUAAAAGGUAUUAUUAGGACUCAGUUAGUGUGCAGCUUAGGAUUCAAUGACUAGGUUACCUAGGAUUACCUAGUGAUUACCAUCGCUAUCAGUCGUUCUGUUGCACUUUUCAUCACAAAUUUAUUUUCGUGAUAAAGAAAAUAUUAUUGUUAUUAUUAAAUACAAGUAGCAUUUUUAUUUUUUAAAGUUUAGAGAAAACCAAAUGUACAAUCAAUUAAUCAUAAAAAAAAAAUAAUACAAUGCGAUUACAGCAUGCUGCAUAAUUAUAGGUACUUUUCUCUGAACUUUAAACAAAUAUUAAAAAUUACAAAAUUAAUGAAAAUAAAAAUUGUAUAAAUCGAAAUUUUCAGAAAAAUAAACUCUAUAAAAUGACUAUCUUCAAAUUUUUCAAAAAUAAUAUAAUACAAAAUUAUUUAUUUUUUUAUUUUUUACUAAAACAUAAAAAAUCAAUUGCAAUAUAAAUAUUUGUAGUCGUUAUCCCAUGUAAAAAAAAAACCAGAGUUUGAAUAUUUUUAUUAUCUACAGAGAUAUUACAAUGGGUAUAUCUUUAUGGGACACUCUAUAUACGCAGAUUUACGAAUUCCUCUCCACUAAUCUUAUGCAGUUUCUUUAUAGGUAUACAAAUAUUUAUUAGAAGGAGUGGGGGCAUUUAAAACGAUUCUUAGUACAGGCUGCUGAUUUUGCUAGGCAUGGCACUGCAUGUAAUAUUUAAGAUUUUGAGAGUCUCGAAACAAGUUCAAACAAGUGACGUUCAAGAUUUUGUCAUUCAAUGAAAUAACCGUUCCAACUAAUGACUAUCAAUUAUUUUAAAUUAUUCAUUAUUUACAUUUUACCGUUCAAUAAUCUGCUUGUUCAAAAUAUUAGCGAUUUUUUUUUUCAUAAUUUCGGUUCUCAAGUUACCAAUAGUUCAAAAUAUCAACAUUCAAAGUUUGAUGUUUAGAAUUUUGAUGUGUUCCCAGUAAGACACUAGGAAACCUAUAAAUGUAGACGUGGUUCAUUUUACUAAAGGUUUUUUUAGCCGGAAAUUUUUUACAUUGAUUAAAAAUCGAGUGACCCUCUGUUUCAUUUCUGUAUGCAAUACCAUUUAAUUAAUGAUAUAUUGAAAUAUUUAACUUAGUAACACUGUCAACGUGAUAAAGUAUCUAUUUGUGCGAAAUGUAUUAAGAAUACAACCUAACAUUUUAGUUUAAAAGUAUGUUAGUGCUUUUAUUGGGUUAAUUUUGUAUAGAUUUUUCAAUAAAAAAAUGUAGGGUCUACGAAAAUUUAUCAAAACAAAUUUACUGGUAAAAUCACAUAAGAUACCUUAUUGAAAAUUAACAAUAUAACAUUUAUGGAAAUUAUUAAGUUUAUUUAUUAAUAUUUAUUAUAUAAGUACUUUUAGUAUUUUCAUCCAGUUUAUUUAUUUUAUAACAAGAGAUUAUUUUUAUCUUUCAGCGUGGUAACUGUUUUAGCAGUUGGCCUAGUCAUAUGGUGGACCCAUAUAAAAUCAAAAUUAAACAAGAUGAUGUUGACAAUAAUGCCCUUAAAAAUAAUAUAUUCUAUCCGCAGACCAGAAAUAAAACGUUCUACACAGUGUCCACUAUACAUAAAAAAUUAAGAAGUGCUCAUAACAAUACCAACUGGCGGACAUUAACACCAUUAACAUUUAAAUAA